AUGUCUGUCUUCAAGAAAAAACCCCUCGAAGCGCGCUUUGGCACGAUCGGUGCUCCAGAGCACGUCCAGCGAGAGUUCACGCAGAUUCCCAUCGUAGACCUGUCCCGACUGUCCAGUUCCAGCGUCGAGGACCAGAAGAGCCUGGCAGCCGACAUUUAUGCGGUGGCCACGACCGUGGGAUUCUUCUAUAUCAAGAACCACGGCAUUCCAGACGAGUUUCUCGACGACAUGCAAGACACAGCACGCCAGUACUUUGCACUUCCCCUGGAGACCAAGAUGCGGCAGUACGCUGGCACUCGCGGGAAUGAGUUUAUUGGCUACCACCCCACCUCCGAUGCAUUGCCUCACGAUGCGCAGGAGCACAUGCGUGUUUCGGGAGGCUCUGGCUUCGAGUCAUUGGCCUUUGGAUACGAGCUCGCGGGCGAUCCAGACAAGGCCGAGGACGACCAGAUGCCCACCGAUCCCUGUGGCCUGUAUGGGCCGAAUGAAUGGCCGGACGAUGCCAUCCUACCGGAUUUUUACCCGGCUCAGCUGCGUUAUUAUCGCUGCCUGCUGCAGUUCAGCCGUCGACUACUGCAGAUAUUUGCCCUCGCGCUGGACGUGCCCGAGGACUCGUUUGAUUCCCUAGUGCGGCCGCACUCCCCGUCCAUCUGUCGCCUCAUGCACUACUAUGCCUGUAAUCCUGAGACCGAACCUGCGGCUACAGGGGCCCAUACAGAUAUCUGCCUGUUCACCAUCCUGCAUCAAGGCGGCGUUUCCGGGUUGCAGGUGAAGAACGCCCGGCAGGAGUGGAUUGCGGCUCCCUCGAUCCCGGGCACGCUGGUGGUUAAUAUCGGGGAUAUCCUCCACUACAGUUCUAAUGGCAUCUUCCAGUCCACUCCCCACCGGGGGAUCAAUCUGACUGGAGAAGAACGCUACUCCGUUCCGUUCUUCUUCAAUGCAGAUUACAAUGCCACGAUUUCUUGCCUGCGUGACUGCGUCUCCGACGACCGGCCGGCCAUAACCGAACCGUUUGUCUUUGGCGAGUGGAUGCAUCGCCAGAUACACGGUGUCAAAAGCGGUCGUAGCUAG